CUCCCCAGUCCCACCACUUCCUCCACAGCUCUCACAUUUGUGCAGUUCUUUCACGCUCAUCAGAUAUUCAAUGUCUCACCAUCACAUGAAGAUCAAGGAAGAUCAAGGAAACAGCCACAUAAAUUCAUAUCAGUGGAUUAUAAGUAGGUUUCUCCAUCUUUGCUGCUUUUUUGUUUAAGAACUUUUAUUUAAAAAAAAAAAAAAAAAACUUUUUUGGAAAUACUUUGGACCACAUUAGAGCUGCAUGCGGAGGCCAGCAGCUCGGGAGCAAUGUCAUCUCUACUUUCUCACAACAAUGAUCAGCCACGCAUCAGAAAGUCGCUCUCUGACUCCUCUCCAACUUCAUCUACCACCAAGAGCCUGAGGCACGAGAGACUGUCGAGAUUGAGCUCGUCCGAUGUCUCCAACGACACAUCAACAAACCACGCUGAGUCCUACUUCUUGCGGCGGGAGAACAGAUUGUCUGCAAGGAAAAAGGCAGAAGAAGAGACAGCGAACAAUGACUAUAAAAAGAUGUAUGAAAAGGCACUGGCUACCAAUCAAAGACUCAAGUCCAGGCUGGAAACAAGUAAACAGGAACUGGCCAUGAUUCAGGACCAGCUGCAGAGAGCACAGAGGGGAAGAGUGGGAGAUUGUGGCUCCAACAUGCUUGAGACAGAAAAAAAGGAAAGUUGGAGUCUAAAAAAGAGGAUAUCAGAUAUGGAAGAACAGUUAAAGGUUAAAGCAGAGCUGAAUAUGGAGAACCAGAGACUGAAGGAUGAGAAUGGAGCUUUAAUCCGGGUCAUCACUAAACUGUCCAAGUGAGAUAAGAAGCAGGAAGGCUGAGAAGAAGAGUGAGGGAUACCAGAAGCCAUACCUAUACCUGCAUUCCUCCUACAUUCAUCCUAUCAUCCUAAGUCUUAACUUUGCCUGUUGAGUAACUAACAUUUGCAGGGAUAAAGACACAUUUUACAUCAGAUGUGAAAGCUUCAUGUUACUGUACUGUAUACAAAGUAGUAGCACCUUCCCUGACAGAAAAAAAUAAAUAUUAUACAUAUUCAUAAAAUAUUUCUACAAAAAAAGGCAAAUGCCAACACAACCACUUCAUGUGUUUUUCUUACAUGAACAAAUUGUCCAGGAGUGAGGCAUUUAUAAAACUGCGUGAUCACAUCAAGAAUAUCUCUAGAUACAUAUAUGGACAAAAUAUUGCAGGUAUUUCCACGGAGGUAUUACCAUGGAAACUGCAAUAUUUCUUUUGUCCAUUCCAUUUGCAGACCUUGAAAAUCAGCUCUUAUGUAUCAGGGAAAGUGGAUGAUGGAUGAGCUACAUUUUUUUUAGGAACGUGGAAGCAUCAUCUCUGAUUUAAGAGCCUUAACCUUGAAGUAUGAUGUCACAAAUGACAAAUUCUUCUUAACCGCAAUUUAAAAAAUUGCUGCGUCGUUGUGGAGCUUUUAGUCACAUAAAGAUCAUACAAAGAUCAAAAUCUUUAUCAGCAGAUGGUGGGAUGGCAAAAGUGAGGUUGUUUUGCAGCUGCUGUUUUGAAGUUUAAAACUUAACUUUAAAACCCCAACUUUAAACUCAACAUGAAUAUAAGGUUCUGAUGAAGAUCGUGUUACAUGACCCAAAGCUCCAGAACAGCCACUCAAUGAACCCUGAGGUGAGACUGUUCUGUCAACUGCCGUUUUAAAUGUCAAGAAGGAACUUUGAAGCUAAAGUACAGCAAAAAAAAACAUCCCAAUGAAAUAAAGGGAAUUCUAUUUUAUUUAUGUACUGUAUAUCACUUUUAUUUCAUUAUAUCAUCACGACUCAACACAAAGACCUGUUGUGUUUAUGUUAUUAUGUUAGCUUUAGAAGCACCGCCCUGGCUGUAAUUUAUCUUCUAAUUCCUAUUCAGAAGAUUUAAUGAGUCCCAUUCAUAAUCUUACAUUCACGGGAUCCCUGCCAGACUGAGAUUUAAUUUUCUAUUCUGUUCAUAUUUACUUUGGAUUAUUAUAUAAUCAAAUUAGUCUCCACAGUGUGUUUGCAUAUAUUUUAGAAACACAUACAAUUACACGCAUAUUACGCAUAAACUCCGAUUAACACAAA